AAGUCAAACAAAUAUUGGAAUUUAAACUGUUUCAGAGACGUGGGAAAAAUAUUAGCAGUAGCGGUAACGAUGCUAUUUAUGGUCAAAAUCUGUGCCGCUGUCUUGGGGUGCGACUGCGGAGGAGCGAUCACCAAUAUUACAACAUUAUCAUUGUUGGACACUAAGGAUCAUGACGCACCUACCGAAACGCCGAAUUCUAUAAUGGCAUCACACGUGUCCGUCGUCCAGAACGGGAAAAGAGUAUAUAUGUUGGACAUGUCCUGGGAAUCGUAUAAGGCCGUGUUAAACACAGCAAUCUUAGGCAUAACUUCCACACUUCAAAUAUCGGGGUUAAAUAUCAACACUACAGAACAUCGAAUUGAUACGUUGACAGGAUCUAUAUUCACGGUUGGCCGGAUUUAUUUGUACUGGAACGCAAUACGCCGUCCCAUAUGGCACUUUGGACGACAUAGUAAUGCAAGGAUCUUUGAUGAUCAACCUAGAAGAAUACUUUGCACGGUAAAAAUCAAUGAUAAUGACGUAAUUCUCCGACAAGGAACUAAAUGCGCCUUCAUGGAAGGUACUUGUAUCACAGAUGAGAAGGGUAAUGCAUUCUGGAAAACUGAUUCAGCCUGUAACUUCGAGCAUUUCAAUGUGCUAUAUGAGGGCUUAGCAACAAAAUUGACAGUUUUAAGAAAGGCAGAAGUAUUCUAUACGUUGACUACGCAUGACGUCAAGCUCGCACUAGAAAUUAUUUAUGCGGUUACACAUUAUUAAAAAGUAAACAUCCAAAAUUGUUUAUAUUGAAAACACGUAAAAGCCGAACAUAUGCAUCAAAAAUAAAACUUUUAGUUGAGGAACUUGAUGUUUUGUUUACGUGAAAUCAAAAUUUUUUUCCUAGAAAAGACAAUGAAGGACCAGAUGACCG